GUAGGCUCGUCUGGAUGAGCUCCACCGACUAUGGGCCCUUCUGAUGUCCAAGCUUUCCGAGAAAGGCCUGAAGCUAAAGCAGGCGCUCCGACUUGUCCAGUUUAUGCGGGAGUGUAACGAAGUGAUGUUCUGGAUCAGUGAUAAGGAGGCUUUCGUAUCCUCGGAGGAAUUUGGACAAGAUCUCGAACAUGUGGAGGUUCUUCAGAAGAAGUUUGACGAAUUUCAGAAGGAUCUACAAAAUCAUGAAGAUAAAGUGACCGAGGUGAACAGCCUGGCAGAACAACUCGUUGCAGACGAACACCCAGAGGAGACAACUAUCAGGGCCCGUCAGCAGGAAAUAAACGAGGCCUGGCAAAGACUGAAGCAGCUGUCAUUGCUGAGACAGGAAAGACUGUUUGGUGCCCACGAAAUACAGCGAUUCAACAG